CGCAGACUUUAGCCGAAUGUAUUAGCCUAGCUGCUUUUAGUAGCCUGACGUUACGUGUAUUAAAGGGUAUUAAAAUGUUGCAAUUACUUGAGGUUAAUAUUCCUAUAUCCCGUUGAUUUCUGGUGUAUUCCUUACGAAAACAAAAAUCGCAGUCAUUUAGUAUCUGUAUAACGUUAGAGAAAUUUAUUUACAUCGCCUCAGUCUAUUCAAUUUAACGUUGCUGUAAAAUAUGAACUGGGUCGGAGGAGCGCGGAGCAGGUUUAUGAAGAACAAAGAAGACACCAUGAAACAAAGGAGAGCAUGUAUGUGUGAUUUCUCUUUUUAACUUCUAGGUGUUUUUUCAAAAACAAAGGAUGAAGGCAAAAUGCAAAAAUGUUGACCCACAGGCAUCACCAAAUGGAAACAGUACUGGAAAUAUGGACCUGCUGACCUUAUUCAUUGUCAAUCAGAUAGCAUCAAAGAAAAUGCACUCUGGCAAACCUAAAAUGAAUUUGUUUAAUAAAAAAGAGACCAAGAAAACUUUAAAUGAGCCCUUAGAGUUACCAAUGAGCCCAUGUUCUCCUUCAAAACUGAACCUGGUUACCAGUCAGCCACAGUACAUGGUUACCGCCAAUUCAGAUGUUGAUACACCUGGUUUCAAAGUCGGAAAACAUCAGAUUUCUAAUGAAUUUAAAUUUAAGCCGCUUUCACCCUUGCUUGAAUCGAACCUCUCUGACGUUAGCGGCUCAGAAAAACAACCUCACAUCCUGAACACUGUAAGCUCCCUGCCAGAUCCAUUCAGUAUUCAGUCCAAACCUGCAUCACAUGUGUCUCCGUCUUUGCCAUCUCAGGAAAACCCUGACCCUGACAGUAUGAAGUUUGUGCCAUUCUCUCAGCGAAUAAAACCAGCUAAUCCAUGCACAGAUGUAGCAAAGGAAGCACAUGUCAUGCAGAACAGCCCAGUUGCUGAAACUCAGUUUGGAAUCACAUUACCAAACACAGGUACAGCAGAUGAGUCAGCAAACUCGGUUUUGUAUCCAACCAGCCCUUUAAAGAGCAGUGAACAACAGGAAGAGCCGCUGUUUAUCGAUUUCAGUAAUAGAGAUCAUAAAGAAAGUCCUCACACUGAGAACAUCUUUUUGGAAACAUCACUUUCUUCCUCCAUGAGAAUAAAAAACAGUGAUGGAUCACAAAACAUGGACCGAAAUGGAGACUUCCUAACCCAGAUUAAAAAACAAGCACAUGAUGUGAAUGCUGAGAAAAAUGCCACAAUAAUGCAGGAUGCAGGGACUCAAACGGCAGAUUUUCCCCACAAUUCCUGCUGUGAUGUCUCAGUGCAGUGCUCACUUAUUCAUGCAAACUCCAUCAACUCAACCAGCGUCCACACCACUAGGCGGCAGUCUGUUCAUUUUAAUGAAGUGUCGGCAGGUGCAUCAGCAACAAAAGUGCAGGCCCAGACACAACCAAAACUACCAAAAGGGUUAUCUUCCCGCAAAUCUCACCGACAGGCCAGCAUGAAAAAAACUCCAAUACUAAAACGUCCCUUACGCAAAGGCUUAGAAUUGAAAGUGGGACAGCUGAUGGAAUGCAGAGUAAAUAUAGAGAGGUGUAAGGACUAACAGUUGGAAAGUGUGAUGCGAAACCCUGUCAAGGACGUCAGCCGUUAAGAAGAACUUCACAGCAGAGAAUGGUGUGAAUUGUUUCUCAUAGGAAACUAGGAAAGAAAUUGUUGACAUUUCGCUGACAUGCAAAAUGAAAAAAGGAUUUAACACUUAGAUAAGAAGGAGGACAAUGAAUUUAGACUACGAGAACUAAAAGCUGAUUAUUGUUUCUACUUUGUGUUCAUUUCGUUCAAUGCCUGUUG